CUUACUUUGAAUUUUGCUGGGGAUUGUGUAAGAUAUCGGCAUCCUCAUCUAUCAGCACAAUUUUCUUUCAAUAAUGGAUACCAUAUAAAAUUGCUCUCUUGUCACACACAGAAAUCAUACUAUGCCAAUUCUGAGUUUGAACUCUUUGAUAUUUUCUCCCCUUGUAUCACAUUUCCUUAACUGCAAGUCAUGACUCAUCGCGUUCUUACCUCAUCAACCACCCAGUCUGGACAACCCAACGUCCACUAAAUCCAAAUCCAAACGCCAGCGAAGCAAAACGAAACCACCCAAGCAUGAAUUGCACGCAGAAAAAAGAUAAUCAUUCACCAAAAUUUCUGGAUAGGACCGCGCGAUACAUAAAACCUAGAACAAUUAUUAAUACCAAAGAAAAAGGAAAAAUUUAGUCUAUAAAACUUCAACAUAAACACGGAUAGACCUCUUCAGAAAAGUAAAAAACAAAAAGAGAACCAGGAAUUUCAGACAGCGCAGAAUGAGUUGGUGGUGGGCAGGAGCCAUAGGAGCUGCAAAGAAAAAGUUUGAUCCAGACGAUGCACCUGCCGAGUACCAGAGCGUGGCCCUGGUACUUGGGGUCACCGGAAUCGUCGGAAACAGCCUUGCUGAGAUUCUUCCACUAUCCGACACUCCCGGCGGGCCGUGGAAGGUCUACGGAGUGGCCCGGCGGCCCCGGCCGCAGUGGAACGCUGACCACCCGAUUCAGUACAUCCAGUGUGACCUCUUAGACUCCAAACAGACAGAGGCAGAGCUCUCCCAGCUCACUGAUGUCACUCACAUUUUUUAUGUCACAUGGGCGAGCAAGCCAACUGAAGCUGAGAACUGUGAGGCUAAUGGCAAGAUGUUAAGCAAUGUGUUGAAUGCUGUGAUCCCAAAUGCGCCGAAUUUGCAGCACAUAUGUAUGCAGACGGGUCGGAAGCACUACUUAGGUUCGGUUGAGAUGUUGGGGAAAGUCCAACCCCAUGAACCUCCAUAUCACGAAGACCUGCCGAGGCUUAAUGCCCCCAAUUUUUACUAUGUGAUGGAGGAUAUUCUGUUUGAGGAGGUGAAGAAGAAGGAGGGGCUGACAUGGUCUGUACACAGGCCGGGAGUCAUAUUCGGGUUCUCACCUUAUAGCUUGAUGAAUGCGAUUGGGAGUUUGUGUGUUUACGCUGCGAUUUGUAAGCAUCAAGGGCAGCCGUUGAGGUUUCCGGGGAGUAAAGGAACUUGGGAAGGGUUCUGGGACGUGUCUGAUGCGGAUAUGAUUGCUGAACAUGAGAUAUGGGCAGCUGUGGAGCCUUAUGCCAAGAAAGAAGCUUUUAAUUGCAGCAAUGGGGAUGUAUUCAAGUGGAAGCAUCUGUGGGGGCUUUUGGCUGAGCAGUUUGAGGUAGUGCCUGCUGGAGUUCACGAGGAGUUGAGUUUUGAGGAGAUGAUGAAAGAUAAAGGGCCAGUGUGGGAUGAAAUUGUAAGAGAGCAUGGUUUGGUGCCUACCAAAUUGGAAGAGGUAGGGAACUGGUUGUUUCUGGACAUUAUAUUUCAGGAUGAUUCAACUGUGGACAGUAUGAACAAGAGCAAAGAGCAUGGUUUUGUUGGCUUUAGGAACUCGAAAACUUCCUUUGUUUCUUGGAUUGACAAGAUGAAGUCUUUUAGAAUUGUUCCUUGAUGUGGUUGCGACCAAGUUUUUGUCCUUCAUUUUGCUUGUUUCUCUGGUUUUGCUGUUGCUGCUUUUGUAAUUGUUUGCUUGUAGUACUGUCGUAGUAAUUAGACCUUGCUGUUGAGCAUUUGAAUGGAAUUGCUUUUGUUUUGUGUGGAAA